UAUAUAAAACACACAUCCUUGCUGUUUCUUUAGUUUUUCACAUAUUUUAGAAUUUGGGAGGUGAAGAUGAUGAGGUUCUUGUUGGUGAGCAUGACGUUGGUUUCUAUGGUGGCCUUUGGGGAAGCAGCUAGGGAGAGAUGGACCAGAAAUGAGAUGGUUGAGAUGGCUGGCUACGGCGAACAAAAACUCUCCUCUGUUCUUCUCACCGCCUCUCUCCUCUCUUCCUCCUCCUCUCCUAUUCCUGGUGCUACUGUUGGGAUCAAGUGCCGUAGUGGACAUAAGAAGAGAUCUAAAUGGAUCAAAGGUGUGACUAAUGACUUGGGGCAAUUCGUCAUCGAUCUACCUUCUCACCUACACGCGAUUCCUGACCUGAACAAGGCUUGUAUCAUCAAACCACUCUCUGUUCCUAAACCUUAUCAGUGCUCUUCCAAGAUUCACAGAGGCAUUCAACUCCUCUCCUCUUCCAACGGCUCCCGUGUCUACACAGCCGGCGACAUAACCUUACAAUAGAGAGAGCUAGCACACCAUGUAAAAAGAGAGUCUUAAUUAAUCUUUCUAGGAUAGAUCAGUCAUGUCUUUCUUUUGUAUAUGGUUCCUUCUCGCUUCUUGUGAGAAAGAGAGAUAUAUAGCCUUUGUAAAUCUUGUUUUCAUGCUCUUCUUGUAUUUAGAAAUUUUUAUGUUUUCUUCAACC